UUCACUUUUUAUGCCCAACACAAGAGGUGACAUUCCUCUUUAACUGCUCCAAUUAAGGCCACAAAGAAUCUUCCAAAAAUAUUGGAGCAUAAACAGCCAUCAAAGUCAAGCGUCUUAGCACCACUUUAUCUCCAAAACCUCUCUCACUCUCUUGAGUGAAACUCGACAUGGUAGAACAUUGGAGAAAAUUGGCCUUUUCUUUACACUUUCUUUCAAUAAUGAAGCCAGUAAUAUAAAUUCCAAUAUGGGAUAUGAUAUCAUGAUUGGCCUCUUGCUUAUGCAGCCAUACUGAACCAGGGUGCCCUCUGUUUUUGGUGUGUGUGGGAUGGGAGGGUGGGUGCUCGACUUUACAACUAUGGUGGUUUUUUGAAGGGUUCUCUGAUGUUGGGUGUUGGUGGUAUUGGUUGAUAAUUGAGGGUUUGUUGUCGUUGUCCAAUGGGGAAUGCGAGUGUGAGGGAGGAUGGAGGGAGCUCGCAUGGAGUUGGGCCGGCGGAAGGCGAGAUGGAUGACGGGCAGGAGCAGCAGGGGGAGGUCGCCAGCCCAGGCUCCUCUGAGUUGAUGGGCCAGUCUCCUCCCCACAGCCCUGGAGCAGCGGCUAGGUCGCCUCUGAUGUUUACUCCCCAGGUGCCCUUAGUUCCAUUACAGAGACCAGAUGAGAUGUACAGUCCGACUGCAUGGGCUCAUGGUUAUUCAGCACAUGAGGAUUACUGUUACGAUCAAGGCAUCCCAACAAUGUUCACAUGGAGCUAUGGUGGCAAAGAAGUUGCUGUGGAGGGAUCAUGGGACAACUGGAGAUCCAAGAAGUUGCUACAAAGAUCUGGAAAAGAUUUUACCUUAAUGAAGGUUCUUCCGUCAGGGGUCUAUCAAUACAGAUUCAUUGUUGACGGUGAACGCAGAUACAACCCAGAUUUGCCUUGUGGACUUGAUCAUAUGGGAAAUGCUUGCAACGUUCUAGAUGUUCUGGAGUAUGUACCAGAGCAAUUGGAAAGCCUUGCUGGUUUUGAACCUCCUCAGUCCCCAGAAUCAAGCUAUGGCAAUCUGAACUUGAGUCCCGAAGAUUUUUCAAAAGAGCCACAUCUAGCCCCACCACACCUUCAUCUUACACUUCUCAAUGUUCCAUCUUGUUCUGAUGGCAUCACAUCCCCAACCUCGAGACCCCAACACGUGGUGCUAAAUCAUCUAUAUGUCCAGAAAGGUAAGGCUGGCCAGUCUGUAGUGGCCCUUGGUGUUACACACAGGUUUCUUGCCAAGUAUGUAACCGUGGUGCUCUACAAGUCUCUUCAGAGGUAGAAGCUGAUUAGAUCUGUACUGCGAGUUUACAUUUGGUGAGUCAUUAGAAAAAAUUUAUACUGCGAGUUCCCAUUGGUGAGAGGAGAUCCAUAUGCUUGUGUAAGUUGUCUACUUUCCAUUGGUGUUACAGGUGAAAUAUAUUUUAUUA